CAGCCCCAUAGCCCCAUCAACUGUGGUGGCAGUAAACCUACCGUUGCAGCCAAUAAGGAGUCACGAAAUGUGAAUUUUCUCCAGAACCUACUACUCAUCAAUACCGUCGUCCUUUCAAUAGGAGUAUGUCGUCUAAUAUUCGGUGCAUAACAUAAGAAAACCAUGAGUUCAUUCGGUCGCAAUUUCAUUCCCAUAAGUCUCGCUGUAGCCUUUGGAAUGUUAAAUGGAUAUUACGUAUUCGGUUCUACCUUUAAAGAGCAUCAGAAGGCACCACAGCUACCUACAACAAGAGACAAUCAGCAAACCGACAGCGUGACUGAGGUGAAUGAUUCCACCCAACACAAAUCAUCAAGCCCAGACACAAAACCAGAUCGCUAGCUACCAAGCAACCACCAUGAAGCGUCAACUAUAUCUCAUAUUUCUUGAAAUACGGAUAUGAGGGGUUCAAUAAGCCCAGUGAUAGUUACCUAACUCAACAAAAUUAGAAGUCUCCAAAGAUUGAGCUUCUAAGGGUUGAGCUUCUACCGCAGGCGCUUAAUAGCGAGGCCUGUUAGCCUUGGGAGUACGGGAUGCCAAACCCGUAGAGCCGGCAGCAAGUAUCGAAAGAUACGAAACAACAACGCAGACGGAAAAGCCCCAGAUUGAGUUUCUCGUUGAAACUACCUAGGCUCGAGGGUCCUCAUAAUCAUAAUGCGGAUACAAGCAUCAACCGACUUGCUAUUAAUUGAAUGAAGUUCAUAUUAUGUUUACAGAUAGGACGUAGAGAUAUGAAACAUUUAGCGUUUAUAAGUGCUACGUAU